AUGUCUUAUAAUUCAAGAAUUGAAACAUUAAGCCGUCAUUUGAGCAACGCUAAUGAAACCGACUAUGUUUUAUCUUCACAACCAACUGGAGCAUCAGUAAACUCAGGAGAUGAUGUUGUUAUUGUUGCACCAUUCCGUACUGCUAUUGGUAAGGCAAAGAGAGGUGGAUUCAAGGAGACUUCACCAGAUGAUAUGUUGGCACCAGUCAUUCAACACAUUCUAAAGACAACCGGUAUCAACCCAGCUUUGAUCGGUGAUGUAGUUAUGGGUAGCGUUCUUCCAAGAUCAUCACAGGGUGCCACUGAGAUUCGUGUUGCCAGUUUGAUCGGUGGUGUUCCAAAGGAAGUUCCAUGUAUGACCGUCAACAGACAAUGUUCAUCCGGUUUGCAAGCUAUUGCCAACUGUGCUGCCGCCGUCAAGGCCGGUAUGUACGAAGUCGGUUUGGCCGGUGGUGUCGAAUCGAUGAGUUUGAAUCCAAUGGCCUGGGAAGGUCAAUUCAACGAGGUCGCCAUGAACGAUCCAGUUGCCAGCGGUUGCUACAACACUAUGGGACAGACAUCGGAGAAUGUCGCCGAGCGUUUCAACAUCUCGAGAAAGGAACAAGACGAAUUCGCUGUUGCCUCUCACAAGAAGGCCGGUGCUGCCCAGAAAGCCGGUAAGUUUGUCGACGAGAUCGUCCCAGUCACCGUGAAGACCGAGGACGGAAAGACCGUUGUCAUCUCAAAGGACGAAGGUAUCCGUGAGCAAACCACCCUUGCCGAUCUCACCAAGUUGAAGCCAGCUUUCAAGCCAGAGGGAUCUACCACCGCCGGUAAUGCCUCGCAACUCAGUGACGGUGCCGCCGCUUGUCUCGUCAUGAAGCGUUCAACCGCCCAACGUUUGGGAUUGAAGCCCGCCUUGGUUCUCCGUUCAUUCGCCGCUGUCGGUGUCGAGCCAGCCAUCAUGGGUAUUGGUCCCGCCGCUGCCAUUCCAGCCGCCAUCAAGAUGGCCGGUCUCCAAAUCAGCGACAUCGACGUCUUUGAAAUCAAUGAGGCAUUCGCUUCACAAGCAUUCUACAGCAUCAAGCACUUGAACAUCCCAAUGGAGAAGGUCAAUCCAAACGGUGGUGGUAUCGCUCUCGGUCAUCCACUCGGUUGCACCGGUGCUCGUAUGACUGCUACCCUCUACAAUGAACUCAAGCGUCGUAACGCCAAGUACGGUAUCGUCUCUAUGUGUAUCGGUACUGGUAUGGGUGCUGCAGCUGUCUAUGAACUUGCUUAA